AGGAGAGCAGGAAACGAUAGACAACAAGAAGUGACUCCUGAGCCGACCGGGAGAGGGACGGCUCCUGUCGAGCUGGACUACCAAAGAAAACUGGAUUAAAAACUUGCAUUCGGACGGAAACCUGGUUUAUUUGAUACGUUGGUAACCCAUGGACAAAUUGGCCGUGGAUACAUAUUUAUCAAGUGCGUUUCGAGCUCAAUCCAAGGAGUUUAAAGUUUCCGCGAUCUCCUAGUUUUCUUUUCGCCAGCCUGUGAUGUGGUGACGCGGCUCGUCGACGGGAAGCUAAGCUAACGUUAGCUGGCAAAAUACACCAGAGAAAAUGUGUUUUUAGAUAUUUUAGUUUUCUUCUAACCUCGUCUUCAUUGUUUAUUUUUUUUAUUUUUUUCAUUUGACCCUUGAACUUGGAUUAUAAACACUUUUUAUAUAUAUAUAUAUAUGCUUUGCCUGGUAUUGUUUUGGACAGUAACAGACGUUUGAGUUGCAGUCUAAUGAGCUAUCGUAACCGGCUGUAGCUCUGGACAGUUGGUUGCUAACGGUAGCUAGCUAUCUAGCUACAUCUGUUUCCACUUUUGUUCCUUUUGUAAGGACUGUUGCCUUUUUAACUACACUUUUUUUUUUCUUCCCCUUGAACAAAGUAUAGAAAAUGUUAGGAUGAGUUAAUAAUUGUGUGUCUGUAUUAUUAUUAUAUGUGUAAACACUAAUAAUCAGUUUGACUUGUAUCUUUGUGCAAUGCAGAAAGUCACUACCGUUUAGCGAAAUGGCUGUUGUUGCCCUCUGAUGUGGGUCUGGCGGUGCGGCCUUUUAGAGUUUAUCUUUUUUUUUGUUCGCCGUCGGGGACCUUUUCAAGUCUGGAUGGUUUUCAACAUUUUCAUUGGAUUUAAUGUUUUGAAUGGCUUGGAUUAUUCAGACAAUUGUACCGUUGUAUUAGUUGAACGAACUGGCUUAGAAGUUAAGUUGAAGAAAGCUCGGCAACAUAAAUAGAAAAGUGGACAUCCACAAAGGAAUUUCGUCUGCUUUGCAAAGAUGAUGUGCGAGGUGAUGCCCACCAUCAGCGAGUCGGAGGGGCCUUCGGGUGGCCGGCGGGGGUCUGGCUCGCCUCUUCAUUCGGACUCGGAGGGGCACUUCGAAUCUCUGAUGGUUUCCAUGCUGGAGGAACGCGACCGGCUACUGGACACGCUGAGGGAGACCCAGGAGAACCUAGGCCUGACCCAGGGCAAGCUGCACGAGGUCAGCCACGAGAGGGACUCGCUGCAGAGGCAGCUUAACACCGCCCUGCCCCAG